CUUUAGAGAAAAAAACAAUUUAAGCGAUUGUAUUUUGUAGGAAACAUAUCGUCGUAGCUCACUCGAUUUCAUUUCACUCGGUUCCACUUCGUCGUAAAUUUCAUUUUAGACCUUUUUUUUAAAGAAAAUUUGUUGGAUUAUAUCGAAGUGAAAGAAAGAGGUGGAACAUAAUCAAAUUCAAUGGAUUGGGGAAACGUGACCGCUGAGGAUCUGAUCGAAGCGCUUCGGGAAGUUGACUGGUCAUCACCGCCGCGACCUCUCUCCGAAUUCUUCUCCAGAUUCACCGUCCCUCGAUCAUACGCCAAAUGGAACAGCCGCCUUAAAUGCAAUCUCUACUACUAUCGAACCAAUUAUUUCAUUCUGAUUGUUCUCAUUGUUGGUUUGGGAUUCUUGAGGAGGCCGGUUGCUGUUUUAGCUGCGAUUUUAACAGCGCUUAGCAUCGCUUUUCUGAAUGAUAGUUUCGCUGGUACUUUUAGUGAGAAGGUGACUAGAACAGUGAGGCAAUUCUCUCCACAUUUAGCAGCUAAAAUGAGGCCUCCCUUAACUCCUGUUAUUCGUGGACGUCCAUCAUCUAAAAGAACGAUUCACAUAUGCGGUCGGCCUCGUUGGGUUUUUGUCUUCAUAUUCUCUUCUGUGAGUUUCAUCCUUUGGUAUGUAUCUUGUGGUCUCUUGACUGUGCUAUGGGCACUUGCCAUUGCACUUGUUGCCACCGUCCUUCAUGCAAGUUUUAGAACACCGAACCUGAAGGCUCGUCUUAACACUUUCCGUGAGGAAUUUCGUGCAGUUUGGCGCAAUUACAGUGAACUAUAAGCUCUCAGAGCCUAUAGCAUGCUGAUGUUGAUGUUUCGAGAAAAUAAUUUCUUUAGCUGGAUUAAGGUGAAGAAGGUUGCAGAUAUUUUUAUUUAACAGAUAAGCUUUAAAUUUACGGGACCUCUUUUUUUUUUCUGUAAAGUGGCCGUUUCUAUUUUCUUUCCUUUUUUGGAGAGACCAUGGAGGAAUUUUAUCGAUACCCUCCUUCAAGGAAGAAGGAAAAGAAAAAACAUUUCAGAUUCUUUGGAAGCAGUUAGCUCAGAUAUUCUUAGUUCUUGGGUUGGCAAGGUUACCGCUAAUAUUUCUAUUAGCUGAAUUUGAUUCUUACUUCCAGUGUCUUGAAGCUGAUAAUAGUAUAAAUAUAAUAAAUUAUUAUUAAUUACAUUCAA